AUGGAGAUAAACACUACAUUUUCUACCCCUGUGGGGUUUCUGAUUGCUGGUUUUCAGAAUCUGCAGCACAGUGAUUAUUAUUUCAUAUUCCUGGCUUUCAUUUACCUGGGAACCCUGAUAGCCAACUUCAUUCUAAUGUCUGUUAUAUAUCUGUCCGAGUGUCUUCAUACACCAAAGUACGUGGCAGUUUUUAAUUUAUCUGUAGUAGAUGUGAGCAUUAGCACAGCUCUUAUUCCAAAAUGUAUACAUCAAUUUCUUUUUGACUCAAGAUUUGUGUUAUAUGAGUCAUGUUUAACUCAGCUGUUCUUCUUUCAUUCUUUCUAUGCCCUGGAAUCUCUCGCCCUUGUUGUUAUGUCUUAUGAAAGACUCGUCUCUAUUUGUUUUCCACUGAGAAGUAGCACAAUAAACACAAAUGUGACGAUGUUCUUUAUAAUUGGUUUCUGCUGGGUACUGGCUUUAACAUAUUUUGUUGUUGCAGUGGUUUUUAUAACACGCUUGUCAUUCUGCAAACCUGUUCCUGUCAUUAACAGUUUUUUUUGUGAUCAUGGACCAGUGUACAGAGAAGCCUGUAGCAGUAAUAGUACAAAUAAGAUUAUAGGUAUUGUUUAUACUUUUACUUUCAUUUUUUUGCCAGUGGCUUUCAUUACUAUAUCAUACGUGUGCAUUAUAGCUGCCCUUACAAGGAUUGCCUCUGCCCAGGGGAGGUGGAAAGCAUUUAAAACAUGCACAGCUCACUUAGCAUUAGUGGCAAUUUUUUUUAUUCCAUUUUUGGUAACAUAUUUGAUUGCAUACAUAAAUAUAUGGGUGGACACUGACACCAGAAUCCUCAACACAUCUUGGUCAGCAGCCCUUCCUCCUCUGCUGAAUCCCAUCAUAUACACCUUAAAAACUGAGGAGGUCAUGGAGCAAAUUAAGAAGUUUAUAAGAAAUCAGAAGGCAGUUUCAGUAAAACAUUAA